GUAUGGAUACAAAUUUACCCUGCUCAUAAAGCUCGACAGCCGGGGACUUUGCCGACAGCUCCGCGCUCGAGCGGCGCGGCCCCAGAGCCCUUUGACGAAUAAAAUGGACUAGCAAACAUAUUAACUCAUAAAGCCCUGGCAAUGGCGGCUCCAUCAUGCCGCAGGCUCACGCUCGAGGAGCUGGCGCCAAUGCAGGCUGCUUUUCAACCUCUCGCGGCAGCCUUCGCAGAGCUUCCGUUUCCCGACUCACAGCUGCUGGAAUGCAUCAAAUUGCUGCGAGGCCCUGCCCCGCCUGCAUCCGAAGCAGCUGUUACUGCUGUUGCCAACGUGGCAGCGGUGCAUGCUCUGCCUGCUGCGCCAGGCGGCCUGGCGCUCGGCGUCGGCGCCCAUGACAGCCGCAAUGGCCAGGCCCGCAGUAUUGCCAUGGUCGCAGCCACGUGCCUGGACGGGUCGCUUGUUCUGCCGGGCACGUGCAUUGAGGCUUCCAUCGGCUCGCAGCUGCCGGAGCCAGUGGACCCAGCCGACGGCGGCGGUCCCGGUCCUGGGGCCAGUGCCAACCCUUUUAUACUACCCGGGGCGCCAGCGCUCACAGCAGCACCGGCACCGGGCGCUGCAUCGGCGGCGGCAGUGGGCGCGGCAGCGGCUGCUGCUGCGGCAACAGCGCCUGCCCCGCAGGUGCCGCCCUCGGUGCACAUGAUUCCAGCCACGUGCCUGGAUGACUAUGACGACAUGCUGAUGCUACUGCCGCCGCCGCCGCCGCUAGAAUCAGCAGCCGCGGAGGCGGAGGUAGACCCGGUGGCUGUGCCGGAGUUGGCCGGGCAACCAGCGGUAGCUGGCGAGGACGCGGUGCGCGGGGGUGCAGGAACGGGCACGUCUACGGCUGCGGCUGCGGCUUCAGCUGUGCCGGCUGUGGCUGUGGCUGUGGCUGUGGCCCAUAUGGGUCGUGACAACGGCAAUGGCGGCGGCGCCGUAGCGGUGACGUGCUCCGCACGAGCGGUGGCGUGCGGAGGAGCGGCGGCUGCGCCGCCACCUGCUCCGCCCAGCAUCGAGCUGUCCGAGGUGCCUGCCACCUGCCUGGAGGCACUCCUGCCCGCACAGCUGCUGCCGGGGCAGGAGCCCGUGGAGCUCUUCGGCGCCGCAGCCGCACACGCAGCCGCACCCGCAGCCGCAGCCGCACCCGCACCCGCACCCGCACCCGCACCCGCACCCGCACCCGCACCCGCACCCGCACCCGCACCCGCACCCGCACCCGCAGCCGCAGCCGCGCCCGCACCCGCACUGAUCGUGCCAGGGACGCCGCUGGCUGGCCCUGGACUGCCUCCAGUGGCGGCUCUACCUGCACCACUGCUGCCCUUAGUGCCGCCAGUACCGCCGCCGCCGCCGGUACCACUGGCGCAUGCACCGGUGCUGCCCCAGUUUGACUACCUACUGGACGAGCCCACGCCGCCGCCCAAGAAGCUGCCCAAAGGCACCAGAUAUCUCAAGCCCGGACAGCGGGCCGGCCCGCCGCGGCUGCCACAGCCAGCUCCAGGGGCGGCACCUGCGCCGGUGCCGGCCGCACCCCAGCCGGCCCUGCAGCAGCCUCUUCGGCAGCCGCAGGAGAAUGUGCAGCGGUCACCUCGUGCCGGGCUGCCCCCCGCCUCCCCACAACAGCCAGGGCCGGCGCAGCAGGCCAGGCAACAGCAGCAGGUGGCGCCGCCGCCUCAGGGGCCUCCUGCACCGGGCCCCAACUCGCCGCACUGGCAACAGCAGCACCACCCGCAUUCCGCGCAACAGCACCCGCAGCAGCAGGUGGGCUGGCCGCUGCACCCUCAGCAGCAGCACCCGCCGCAUCAGUGGGGCCCUUCCAACCUUCAACCCCAGCAUCACCAACAGUACCACAACCCGCAGCCAUGGCACCAUCAGCACCACCACCCGCACCAGCCCCAGCACCAGCAGCACCAGCAACGUCAGCUUGCCUGGGGUCACCACGCAGCCCCGGGCCACACGUCUCCCCACCACUCGCCAAUCCACCAGGCGUGGCCGCCGCACUCACACCAGCACUACUCGCACCAACAGCAGCACCCAUACCAGGGCUUGCCUCAGCCUGGUCUGCACCGGACCGCGUCGGCCUCCCGCCUCCAGGGACCCGCACCAACGCAGCCCUUUGACCCAUCUGGGUUGGCAACCGCUGGUCCAACACUACAGCUCCACGCACAGCGGAGACCCAGCACUGCCGGCGCCACCUCUGCACAGUACCAGCCGUACACAGGGCACGUGGCAACGGCGCCGCCUGCACAGCCGGGCAGCGCGCCGGGCAGCCCGCUCAGAGCCGGUGCGCCGCCGAGCCCGUUUCAUGCUGGGGGCGACGACGACGAUGACGCGGCGUGGGACCUGGAGGCGGCGGCCGCGGCUGAGGCGGCUGAGGCGGUCAUGGCCCAGGCGGCGCGGGCGGAGGCGAGAACGGAGGCGGCCGCGGCUCUUGAAGAUGGCGCCUUGUCGGCAGCUGCAGCCGCAGCCAUCGGCGCGGCGCCUGCACCCGCACCCGCGCGCGCAGCAGUCGAUGGCGCGGCGGCAGUGGCGCCGCCGGUGGUAGGCGUCCUGACGGCGUCUGCCGCGGAGGGCGGCAGCUGCUCAUCGGCAGCCCUGGCGACGCUGGCGGUGCCGCCCACGCUGCCCAUCGUUGGCGGGAGUGCAGCUGCGCUGCUGCCGGAGCUGGAGGAAAGGAAGCACGGGCAGCAGGGCGGGGACGAGGCGGAGCCCCACUGCGACUUUGGUUUUGUUGCCACUCCCAUCGGCUUGGCGCUGCCUCCUUCUCCUCGCGCUCCACUCGCCGACGUCGCAGCUGGUGCGGCUGUGACAGCAGCCGCGGCCGCCGAGCCCGGCGCGUCGGAGUCAGAGGCGGGCUGCCCUGCGCAGGCCGCCGCGGAGGCAGUUGCCGGGGAUGCUGGCGAUGGCAGCGGCGACGGGGCUGCAGGGAGCGGCGAAGGUGGCUUCAGCAACCCCAACAGCAGGGCUGCCCAGAUUGCGGAGCAGAUGCGGCAGCGCAAGCUGGGAAGGUUCGGCAAGCCUGCUGUGCAGCCGCAACCAAAGCCACUGCAAGGCCCGGCUACAUCCGUGUCUGCGGCUGCUGGCAACGCUUCCUCCUCACAUGCGGGCGACGACAGCUACGGCGGUUUUGGUAGUUGUAGCAGCUUUGCGGCGGCCUCCAGCGGCGGCGGCGGAUUCUCGUUCGCCAACGGCAAGGGCGUCCAGAUCUCCGAGGCAGCACGGCAGCGCAGCGCGAAGCUGUUUGCGAAUUUGGAUCCCGUCAGCGCCGUGCCCGCCGCGGAAGAGGACGACGGCGGCUUGGCCGCGGCAGGCAACGCGGGCUUUGCUGCCGCCGCCACUGCCGGUGGCGGUGGUGGUGAAGCCGAUGGCAGUGGCAGUGGCGGCGGCGGUGGGUUUUCAUUUGCCAGCGGCAAGGCCGUGCAGAUAUCAGAUGAAGCGCGGCAGAAGAGCGCGAGGCUGUUUGCGAGCCUGGACCAGUCAAGUGACCUACAUGACCCAGAUGGUGCAGCAGCUAUAGAUGCGGCGGGCCCGGACACUUCUGGCCCCGGCCUGUCCGUGGCCACACGCGGCGGGCUGCGGGGCGGCAGCACAGGCAGCUUCUCGGCGCCACGGCCGCUGGCGGUGGCAGCAGCAGCAGCGGCGGGCGGUGCGGCGGGCGCAGGCGGCGCGGCGGGUGCAGGCGCAGGCGGGACAGGCGGCUUCUCUGCCCCGCGGCUGCUUGCAGGAGGUCCAGGUGCAGGCGGCAGCGGAGGCGCUGGUGGCGGAGGCGCUGCUAGCGCAGCCGGCGGCAUUAUCGGCAGCGGCAGAUCUUUGUCAUUUGGCGCCGACCUGGGCGGGGGCAUGGUUGCGUCCGGCUUCCAGACCGCCCGCGGGCACACCGUGCCGGUGUCGGCCAAGGCGCUGGAGAGGGCCGCUGCGGCCACGGCCAAGCUGGACAAGGAUGGCGACGCCGCGGCGGCCUCCGUCAGCGCCCGCGUCAGUGCCAGCGCAGGGCUGGCCCCGGCCUCGGCCUCCGCCCCCACGUCGGUGCUGGGUGCCGCAGCCGAGUUUGGGCAGGACCUGGGGGGCGGCAUGGCGGCCACCGGGUUCCAGACCGCUGGUGGCCGGGUGGUGGCGGUGUCGGCUCAGGCGCUCAAGCGCCGAGCCGAGUUCAUGGCCAAGCUGGACAAGGACGGGCCGCUGUUUGGCCCGGACGCGGCGGCGGCGGCGGAGUGGGACGACGUUGCUGCAAAGCGGCCAUGCCCCAGCACCGUAGGAGGCAGCACCAACAGUGGUGGUGGCAACACCGGUGGCGGUGGCGGCUUCAGCAUGCCGCGCGCUGCCCCAGGCACGGGCGCAUUCAAGCCUCCGUCUCGCAUCGGGCCUUCCUUGCUACCGCAACGUAGGCUACAGCAGCAACAACAGCAACAGCAGCAGCAGCAGCAGUCAGCGCCGCCUGCCCAACAGGAGCACCAGGCGCAGGCGUCGGUGCCCGUGGUGGCUCCGGCCGAAACCACAUGCACCGCCGCGCCCGCCGCUGCGGCAACGCGGCCGGUGGACGGCGCGGCGGCGGCGCAGCGGCUUCCGGGUUCCUCUUGCUCCGCCGCGCAAGGGCAUGUGGCAGCAGAUGCAGCAGAGGCCACAGGCGGCGCAGUGGGUGCAGCUGCAGCACCAACGCCUUGGGCGGGUGACGGGACGGCCACUGUGAAGGCUUCUGACCAAGCGGCGCCAGAGCCGCUUCCAGCUGAGCCGCCGGCGCCUGCCCGCACAGCGGCGGGGCCGGCAGCGGCAGUGGCCGAGACGCCCGCAACGGCGGCAGUGUUCUCAGAGGCGGCGCCUGCAGCGACAGCGCAGGCCGGCAGCGGCGGCACCGGGCCGGUGACUGACGGCGGCAGCGGUGCCAGGCCGCCCGUUCCCGUGGUCGCGGACAGCCGUGGCGCGGCGGCUGCGCUUAGCGACGCCGGCACCGCGCGAGCCCCCGCCCAAGACAGUAGUGCUACAGCCGCUGCCGUCGCUACUGCCGCCGCCGCUACUGCUACUGAUGCCCCGCCCGCGUCCCAGCACUGCCAGGGGUCACAGGAUGCAGGGCAGGCCGCCGCCGCCGCCGCCGCCGCCGCCGCCGCCGCCGCCACACACAGUCAGCAGUCCGGAGGCGCAGCUCCAUUCGGCGGCUUUCGGCGGCGGCUGCCCUCCGCCUCCACCAUCGUCCUGCCGGGUGCCGGCUCCGGCCCUGGCGCCGAGGCCACCACCAGCGCCGCGAGCACCAGCGGUGUCGUUGUGCCUGACGGACAGGGCAGCAAUGGCGUCGCUGGCCGGCGCAGCGUUGCCGCUGCGGCUGCGGCUGCGCCUCCUCCUCCUCACGGCCCAGUUGGCCCAGCCGGCGGCAACAGCGGCGGCGGCGCUGCAGCCAUGGCCGUGCCCCUGCCGACACUGCAGUUCGCCUCCGGCAAGGCCAUCGUGGUCAGCGAGGAGGCCCGGAGGAAGGUGGCGGGGCUGUUUGCCAAGCUUGACAGCUGCGACAAGGCAGCGGCGGAGGCUGACGCCGGAGAUGGCGCGGAGGCUGAGGCCGGGGCCGGGGCUAGGGCCGGGGCUGAGGCCGGGGCUGAGGCCGGGGCAGGGGCUGGGAUAGACAAGCCGACCGGGGCAGGCAAGCUUCCAAUCACGCAGCAGGGGCCGGGCGCAGCAGAGGCGUUCCCCAGCCGUGCCACGCCACCGCCGCCGCCGCCUCCGGGGCUCCCGCCCAUGCGCACGCUUCAGUUUGCUUCGGGCCGGAGUGUAGUGGUCAGCGAGGCGGCCAGGAGGAGGGCUGCGGCACUGUGUGUUGACAACAAGGAGAACUCAACGGCUGCCGCAGACGAGGACCGGGAGCACAAGCAGGGCAACGCAGCGGUGACAGGAAGCGCCUCUGCCACCGCUGCCGCCGCUGGUGCACCAGCUACAGCCACAGCACCAGCCGCGACCGCGACCGCGGCCGCAUUUUGCGGGCUGGUGACGGCGGGCGGCAGGCCGGUAGCAGUGAACGAGGCGGCGCGCAAGGCGGCCGCGGCCUUCCUGCAGGGACCCGACCCAGGCGCCGAGGCGGCAGCGCCCGGUCAGUCUGGCCCUGACGGCCAGCCUGGUGCGGGUUCGGUCGCAGACGGGAGCCGAGGGAUGGAUCAGCUGCAACAGGCGGGGGAAGCCCCACGGCCGCCGAUGGCGCUGUCGGUGCCGCCGCCACUGCCUCCCGCCGGCACCGCGUCGGCGGGUGCUGUGGCUGCACCCGUCCAGGAUGCAGGGGGCGGUGGGAUGGAGGAGGAUGACGAGGACGGCGGCGGCAUCGCUGGCGGCGGCGUCGCUGGCGGUGCUGCCGCCGCCGCGGGGACGCCUCUGCGCGUGGCCUCUGCCGCCGCUGGCCUGAACGUAGCCGCGUCCGGGGCCGGGGCUGCCACUCCCGGUCUGGCAGGCAGGGGGAGGGGCGGCGCCGGCGGCGCAAGCCCUGGCGGUGCGGCGGCAGCCUCCGCCGCCUGCACGCCCAUCGCGGGGCUGCGAGGACCACCGGCGUCAGUGGGCGGGCUGCGGCGCCCGCGCCCGUCUGCGGCCGGCGACGGCAGCGCGGCGCGACCCCCGCGGCCCGCCAGCGCUCCGGCCGGCGCUGGCGGACCUGGCGCUGGUGCGAUGCCGCCGCGUCCCGGCAUGGCUCGUGCGGGUUCGGCUGCCAAGCGCAAGUUCGUGUCCCCAGUGCCGGCCGGGUACACCGGCAAGCCGGGGGCGCCGACGCCGGCGGCUCCGGCGGCGGCGGCGGCGGCGGCUGGCAUUCGCGGUGGCAUCACUCCCGGCUCCGAGCUGAGCUCUGGCGGCCGACCAGGCACCUCGCCCCGCAAGCGGCCGCGCCUGAGCUCCCUCUUCAACAUGGAGGCUGCGGACGGCCCCGACGGCGCCGCCGCCUGUGGCGGUGUUUGUGGCGAUGGCGGCGGCGGUGGAGCCGCAAAGCUGCCCCUCGGCGGCUACUUCGCGCUGCCGCCGGGGCCUGCAGCUGCGGGAUGUGCUGGUGGUGGUGUUGCGGAUGGUGCAAUGGCGGCGGAGGCAGUAGCAGCUAGCGGCAAGGCGGCGGGUACGGCGGCUGCGGCGGGGUCGGAGCGCAUUGCUUCCGAGGUGCUAACGGCGGCGCCGCGGCAUUGGCGGCCGGUGUCGAGCUGCGAGGUGGAGGUGAUGGGGCCGCAGGAGGCGGCGGCGUUUAGGUUCUGGGUGCAGCUGCAGCCCGCGGCCGCCGCCGCAUCAGCGCCAGCAGCAGCAGCAGCAGCAGAAGCACCCAGUGAUGGGGCCCAGGCCGCUACAGCCAACAAGGAGGAAGGGGCACAGCUGGUGAUGGCAGCCGGAGGCUACACAGUAGUGGCGCCGCCGCCAGCGCAGCCGGAGCAGGCGCAGCAGUGGGGCUGGUGGGGUGCUGCGGAGGCGCAGGCGGCGCUGCAGGCGCUGCCGGAGGCGGGGCCGGGCGCGCUGUCCAAAGUCGCGCGGCCGCUGGCGAGCGAGGAGUGGGUGGCCAACCACUGGCGCUGGGUGGUGUGGAAGCUGGCGUCGUACGAGCGCAGGUUCCCAGCCCACUGCCGGCACAAGAGCCUGACGCCGGUGGCGGUGCUGGAGCAGCUGCGGCGGCGAGCACAGGUGGAGCUGGCGGGCGGCGCGCGCCCAGUGCUUGCGACCAUCCUGGCACACGACCGCUCCGCCACCUUCCCCAUGGUGCUCACCGUCAGCGCCCUGCCGAACCAGCAGCAGCAGCAACCGAAGGCGCCCGGCGCAGCCCCCGCCCCCGCCCCCGCCUCCGAGGCUGCCGGUGCCGCUGCCGCUGUGUGCGGCAUGCGUGUGGAGCUGAGUGACGGCUGGUACGCGGUGCCGGCGGGCCUGGACGCAGCGCUGGCGCAGCUGGUGAUGGCGGGGCGCAUCCGGGUGGGCUCCAAGCUGCGUGUGUGCGGCGCCGAGCUGGCCUCGGAGCGGCCCUGCGACCCGCUGGACGGCCUCACCAGCGGCGCGCUGCUGCGCCUGCACUACAACGGCGUGUGCCCUGCGGCCUGGGACGCGCGGCUGGGUGCUCAGGCCAGCCCCGCGCCCAUGGCGCUGCGGCCGCUGUGGGAGGUGGCCCCCGGCGGCGGCCCUGUGUCCGCCACGCUGCUGCUGGUGGCGUCCCGCUACGGCGUCAUGCACGUGGCGGGCGGCGUGCACCGCAGCCCGCGCGCGCAGGAGGAGCGGGUGAACCGGGCGCUGGUGCAGCGCGGCGAGGCCGCCUCCCGCGCCUCCACGGCGGCUCAGCGGGCGGAGCUGGAGCGCUGCCAGCGGGCGGCCCGCGGCGCACCGGGUCCCAGUGUGUUUCCCGGCUACAGCAUCCGCGUGCAGCGGGCCUACGCCAACAUGGUGUUGAGGGGCGGAGGCGGCGGUGGAGGCGGGGACGAAGACGGCGGCGGCGCCGGGCUGAGGGGCGGGCCGCUGAGCGCGGAGGAGCAGGCGCAGCUGAACAAGCUGAUGACGGAGCGGCAGUCCGCGGUGGCGACGGAGGCGCAGCGACUGAUGGAGGAGGCCGCGGCGCCGCCGCCGGGGGCCGCAGGCGGCAGCAGCGGCGGUGGUGGUGUGGACGACGUUGGGACGGCCUACAUGCGGCUGCGUGUGUUCGGGGUGACGGCUCCGGGCGUGGCAGGCCCCCCCAGUGUGGCCAUGCUGCGCCUGUGGCGGCUGGGGCCGGAGCAGCAGGAGGGCUUCCGGGAGGGGCACGUGCUGCUGGUCAGCCGGGUGCAGGUGCAGCGGGAGGCAGGCGGAGGGGGAGGAGGAGGCGGAGGAGGAGGCGGGGGAGGGGGAGGCGGGCGGCGGGCGCAAGGCACGGAGUGGGAGCUGCAGCCCAACGGCCGCAUCAGGUGCCUGGAGCUGUCCAGUAGCGCCGCCACCGCGUACCGAGACCUGGGCCCCGCCGCGCACCUGUCCCACCUGCUGGCGCUGCCCCGCUACACGCCCCGCCGCCAACUGCGGCUGGCGGAGGUGCCAGCCGCACUGCCGCCGCAGAUGGCGGCGCGCAUCGCGCCACACCUACACCACCAGCAGCAGCACCUGCAGCAGCAGGGGUCGUACCAGCAGGGGUCGUACCAGCAGGGGGUGCCAGGUCCGCCGGCGUGGGACCCGCACACCUGCGUGUUCGAGUUUGACUUCGUGGGGGUGGUGGUGCGCGCCGGCGAGCCCGACGAGCUGAUGGGGGGUGGAGGUGGAGGCGGAGGGGGAGGGGGAGGAGGGUUUGGUGGCGGCGCGGCGGUGCUGCAGCAGUGGGUGUUCCUGGCGGAUCACACAAGCGGCAUGUGCGGCGGCGCGGGGCUAGGGGGCGGGGAGGGCGCGGGAGGAGGAGGAGGCGGCACGCAGCCGUGGAUGCUCGCAGUCAAGCUGAUUGGAUCCAAGGAGGCGAUUGACUUCAUCCAGGACCCCCAAAACCAGUCCGGCGCCAUCUACUCCUUCAAGCACCUGCAGCUCAUCACCCGCGACAACGCCAACCAGCUGUGGGUGGCGGCGGCGCCCGACGUGUGCUCGCUCAGCCGCGUGGCGCCGCCGCCGCCGCAUUCGGCCGGAGGCGGAGGAGGCGGAGGGGGGCAGCAGCCGGGCCGGCGCUCGAGCCUGGGCGGUGGGAUGGCUUCGGGGCCGGGCAGUGGGGACCCGGUGGUGGGCUGGGCGCGGGGCCCGGCGGGGCAGCAGCAGCUGGAGCUGUAUGGGCGCAAGAUCGACCGAUUGAGGGGCGGCGGGUGAGGGGCGGCGGGGGCGGGGGAGAGAUUUUGGGAAGAUGAGAGGGAACGAGCGAGCGGCAAGCAAGCAAGAUGCAUUGGGGUCGCGUGUCGUGAAUAUAUAGCGUCACGCACAUCCGCCGCAUGCAGCAGCACGUAGAUAGCAGCAUAGAUAGGGUGGCUGCUUGUCUGGCGCGAUUCUGGUGUGGGCGUGUGCUUCGAUCGGCAUAGAAACAGGCAGGGUGGGGUGGGGUCCUGCUGUAUGUGUGUAAUGAAUAGCGAGUGCAUGUUUUGUGUAUUAUUCAUGCAACGGGCGUGUACUACUGCGUGGGAAGGCAGGAUGCUGCUGGAAUAGUGGCACAAGCAUGUUCGGCGGUACACGGCACGCACGCAUGGGGAGGUGCAUGGGCGGCAGAGCUGAGCCGUGCAUGCACUGCUGCAGCAUACGCAGGAUGUGGGUUAUUCUGCUGGAAGUGCAAAUGGGUGUGGAGGCGCACGAGGGCGCGGCAUUGCAGCAGCCGGGAGAGGCGACUGGAGAACUAACGCAGGUUGCCAGGGUUUAGGGUUACAGGGCACAGUACGUAGCUGUAGGCUGUAGGCUGUAGGCUGCUGUAGGUGGGUAGCAGCACAAUGGCAGUGUGAGCCUGACAGGUAAUGUGGAUGGGCGGAACGCCCGUCAAGAUCCAGACACGAUAGAUGAGAGGCACGGCCAAGUAAAGCCGUUACCAUGCCCAGUGUUCCGGCCACUUGUAAUAGUUCUACUGU